AUGGAUUUGGCGCGACUCUUCACCAAAAUUCAGUGCUGGUCAUGCCAGUGUGGAGACUCGGAGGAUCCGGUCGAACAGAAGGUCCCCGUCACAGCUAUGGAGUUCCGCUUCCAUCAUUUUCCCGAUGCCAGAGAACGCAGAUACAGCGAGAGCUCACAGGGCGGGACAAGCGAGCUCGCAUCGGAAACCCACCAGAACAAGCUGAGCCCACGAGAGCUCCAGCGGCAGGAGCUUAAGCAGCUUAUGAGGAAAUUUGCAACUCGUGGUAUGGACGGAGUUCCGAUCCAACUCUUCGACGAGUUGUCUGGCUCCGUCCGCCCGGGAAUGUAUCAGAUCGAUGACCUUUUGGAGUACAUUCGCCUUGCGCCGGAGGAGACAGCUGACAGUGCACCAUACGCGGGACCUGAGCACAUUGCCUACAUUUGUCAGGUCGUUGCGGUUGCUUCUGGUGAAGAGUGCGCCGUUCACGUGGAGUCAGGUGCCUGGAACCAGCUGACCAGUGCUGACCAGGCUCGUUUAUUGGUGCUGGUGUAUCACACCCAGCCCCAUGGGAGCCUGCCAUCAGUGGACUGCCGGAAGGUUUGCUUCUUGGAAAGCGAUGCAGCCAGCUGCCAAAUGUUUGCGAUGUGCGUGAGGAUCCUACGCCGCUAUAUGGAGGAUGCCAGGCAAAGCCGGCACAAUCGGUUGGAGGAGGCUCUGGCCGUGCUGCAGGAAGGCCAGAAGAUGUACGCCACACAGCAGAAAGUAAUGGACACGCAGCAAGAGAAAAUUGAGCGGCUGUGUCGCAGCAAACCUAGUGGCACGCAAAAAGCGGCCCAGCAGGAUGGCCCGAGGGAGGAGGCCAAGGGCGAAGCACGCCCCCAAGCAGGGGCCAAAGCCUGGGCCAAGGCCCAGGCGGCUCGUGCGGAGAAGGCGGAGGCUGCAAACGAGGAAAGCGAGGAGGAUCCUGCGGAAGAUGAGAACGAGUUUCUUGGUAUGGACACUCGGGAAGCAGAGCAGAUGAUCGCUGCGCUGCAGGCGCUACUUGCGGAGAAGGAACAAAUACACCAACAAUUACUGAAUGAGCAGGCUGAUGCCGAAAAGAGACUGCAAGCACUGCGAGAGAUGGGUUCGGCGUAG